AUGCGCGCUCGUGCGGCGCACAUUCACGUACACACAAACACGCAAACGGUAGGCAUCUCUCUGGCGUGCGAGAGUUUAUGUACAACUGUACAAGUGUACCACAAAUUAUCGGAACGUCCGUCGCCGCGCACCGACGUCGUACUACAUAUUAUUGUUAUUUUUAUUUGUUCGCCGCUCGUCAACACCGUUGUCCCCACGAAUUUCACCGUUGGUAAAUCGUCGAUUUUUCAAACCGAAGGCCGUUUUCACUUUGAUAUUAUAUUGGCCACGACAGUUUAUUAUUAUCAUUGCCGACCACCGACCGCGUACGCUCGAGCCAUCGAGCGCGUCGUGACGACAGACGCGACGCGGACACGUUCGUCCUGUCGCACCUUUAUGGUGUUUAGCAACACGUUUGUUGUAUUCGACUGCACGGACGACCGCAAGACACUACGGGAGGAGAAAAAACAAAUGUUUAAAUGGAAGCAUCGUCAAUUAUCACCCAAGUGUCGCGUGAAGAUGAACACCUAAAGAGUUUCGAUCCGGACAAAGGUAAUAAAAAAUUACGUCCACUAUACCUGUUUAUAUCCCCGUUUUUAUUCUAUAAAAUCGGCGUCUGCGAUUAUUAUUCUCAUUAAUCAUUAUUUCUCUCUCACACACACACACUAUGCAUACCCGAUUACCAACUACUUGGCUAGGUAUAAUAUUGUAUUAUCAAUAUUUUCUAACUUGGUUUUUGCCGACCACAAUCAAUAAACAUUCCAAACAUCAUAAUAUUUUGAUCGGACUGCCAGUCGUCCAAACAAUUACAUGUUUCUCAGAGAAACAUUACCAAUUUGUUCCUUGAUUUAAAUUUUUCUCGUUCCAAAAAAUUACACGAUUACAAUGUUCAUAAAAUAUUGUGUUAUUCUACUUUCUUCUUUGAGUUUAUCUCAAGCAAACGUGCUUGGCUACUUUAAUUAUUAUCGUCUACUGCUUCUGUCUAUUUACUUCAAUGACUAUCUACUAUGCGUAGCCCCGUAUAGGUAUCCUAUAUAAUAUUAUAACCUUUAUCUUCUUUUUGUUUUUUAUUUUAGAAUUAUAAUACAUUACUUAAUAUUUAUUCCUUUUUGUCAAAUUUUCCUCUUGACUAUUGCACUGUAUUAGUUCUUUUGCCCAAAUUAUAUAUCUUUCCCGCGACUUUUGGACACUUGACUCUCUUUAGACUAAAUGAUCUCAAACUCGAGAUUUAGAUGUUUUACACAGGCACAUUGAAGCUGUAACAUUUUGGUGGAAUUUGAAUGUUGUUUUAGCUUUAUACACCAUAAAUGAAUCCAGGCAGAUGCCAUUUUGUGUAUGGAUGUGCCUUUUGGUGGCUACAGUUUUCAACCAUGUUUACCUAUUUUUAAAUUUUAUGUUUUCACACAGACUCAUUAAAAUAAGUAACUUUAUUAAAUAUAAUAAGGGAAGACUGCAGUUUAGCUUUCAAUCGAUUUUUGGCAAUUUUUUUCUUUCAAAAUGUGUGUUUUUGAAUGCUUAAUAUAGUAUUUCAAAAUACUUGAUUUUUCCAAAAAUCGUAUUUUAAAAUUUGAAUUACCUACCAACAAUUUAUAUUUAUUGUCAAUUACAAAACGAAAUUGUUGCAAAUGUAAUCUGGUAAUCAUAAUUACUUUAGAUAAAUAUUCUGAAAAAUGAAAAAGAAAAGAAAGGUAAGAUAACAGAGACAGAUGCAGCCACUGGUGUAGGUGGGAAGUUGGGGAGGUAGGAUAUAGACUGGAAUUUAAUGUAUUUCUGUAAGCAAUAAUAAACUUACGAAAAAACGAUUCUGAGUGGAGUUCAGUUGAUAGUGAUGCUUUGUCAACAAUAUAUAUAUGUCAUUUAAUAGUAAAAUAAUUAAAUAACUUUUAUAUAUUUUCUUUAAUAAAAUUUGUUUAAUGUUGUAUCAAUUUUCCCAGUUUUUCUACGAUUUUCCAAUGUUUUAUCCCGGUUUUUCAAAUUUUCUGAAAAACUUGGGAAAAUCAAAAAAUGACCUCUCUAAAGUAUCUCCCCACGCCGAUUUCCUUUCAGAAAAGGUACUACAUGUAGAAAUACGAGGAAGUCUUCUGGUAGAAAAGUUGCGCACAGAUAACAAAAAAAAUAAAAUAAACAAAAUUGUAUAACUAUGAGCUUCUUCGUUUCACUCAAAAUCCAAAAUGAAAUAUUGUAAUGGCAACAAGUCUGAUGGGAGAAAAUUUUAAUUCUGGACCUUGGGUUCAAAAAAAAGUCAAAAUAUCGAAAAACCACCUCUAUAUUUUCUCUUCCCUUACCUGAUUCAUGUUAUGUAGUUAGAAUAUCUAUUUUCCAAUUUCCUGCAGUAAUAUGUAAAAUUUUCUUUCAUGUAAAUGUUUAUACACGUCUUAUGGUCACCACAAUAUGAUUUCAUUAUCAAUACAGCGGCGACAAUAUAUCAAAAAUGAUGAAUAGGUUAUCAAUUUGUAUAGUCACCUUAAAUAUCAGUAAGUAGUUGAAAUUUCGAUUUUUGAAUUUUCCGAAUCCUUUUCGCAGUACUGUAUGUUUCUGCAGCUGUAUGAUCGCUGUUUUUAUUUUCAGUUUUAUGUAAUAGUUUGUAGCAAAGAUACCUAUUAUACAAAGUUUAUUACAUUAUGUAUUAUGAAUCUUUAUUUUAUUUUAACAUUCUACAUUAUUUUAUAUAAUUGCAUAAUAAUAAUAAUAUGUUAUUGCGGGAAAUUGGAAAAUGGAUAUUUUAACUGCAUAACAUGAAUUAGGUAAGGAAGGAGAAAAAACAUAAUGGUGGUUUUUCGAUGUUUUGAAAUUUUUUUUAAACCCAAGAGCCAGACUUCAGCCAAAAAUUUGACUCCAAGUGAUGAAGCUUUGUUGCUCAUGGGUGUUUUUUAAUACAUAAACUGUACAAAUUAUAUAUUUUUUUCAGCUUUAUAUAACAAAACAAUAUUUGAAAAAUAGUUACAUUAUUAAAUUUCAGAUUAAUUUAUUAUUUAUUUUAUUCAUAGUUCAUUUAUAGUUUUGAAAGAACUAUUUUAAUUUCUUAAAAUUAUAACAGCUUCUCUUAAUACCUACCUACAAUAAUAUUAUGUAUCCAUCAUUAUCUAAAAUUUAUUAGCUACCUGUGUCUUUUUUACUUAUUUGUUAGGUACCUAACCUAAAAAUGUUGUUUAUUAUAAUUAUAAUAUAAUAUAAGUAUGUAAUCUUUAUUCUAAUUUUCAAUUACCUGCUAUAACUUACCAAAUAUUAGCUUAAUAAAAUAAAAAACAACCAUAUUAUAUUAAUUAUAUAUAUAUAUAAAGAUGCCUAUUUAAAUAAAAGCUGCUUAAGUAGGAGUCUGUAACAUUUUAACUCAUUAAAGGGACAUUUAUCUUCAACAAAUAAAUACAUUAGCAAAUUGAUAUCUGUGAUUUUAAUUAAUGUUAAUUGUAUGCAAUUUUUAUAGGCAACCAUGUUCGAAUGAAAAAUGAAAGAGGGCUUUGGGGGACAUUAUUUUGCUGUUUUGGAAAAUCGAGAACAAGACCAAAUCCUAAUUUCAGUCCAAACAAUAUUCAUGGGGUGAAUACAAAGGCUGAUGGAAGUUUUACACCUCCACUCAACCCAGACCCAAUACAGUCGGCUUAUUUACUACCUGCUAUAAGACACCAAGAUAUGCAUAGAAAAUGUAUGGUUAUUGAUCUUGAUGAAACACUUGUACAUAGUUCUUUUAAGGUAUUUACUAUUUAAAUUUUUAAUUUGAAAUUCAAAACUUAUUAAAUCAUAAAUGUAUUUUGUUAAACAUUUUGUAGGCAAUAAAUAAUGCAGACUUUGUAGUUCCUGUUGAAAUCGAUGGAACUGUACACCAAGUUUAUGUGUUGAAAAGGCCUCAUGUGGACGAAUUUCUUCAACGCAUGGGUGAACUAUAUGAAUGUGUUUUAUUUACUGCAAGCCUUGCUAAAGUAUAUAUACAUUUCUUAAUAUACAUUUAGAAUACUAAAUUUAUAUAAUUAUUUCUAUGAAAUAUAUAUUUACUCAAAUUGUUUUAAGUUUUAGUAUCUUAAUAAAAAAUAAUUUGGGAUCUUAUAUAACAGUGGUCUUUAACCGGUGGGUCGCGACCCAUUUUUGGGUUGCGUAAGCUUUAAAAUUGAGUCGCGAUAAGUCUUCUUUUUAAAAUAAAAAUAAAAUUUUUAAAUUUGUAUAAGGUAGAAAAAUAAUUUUUUAAUUAUUAAACUUAGAAAAUUAAUAAAUGAAAAUACAGUUUAAAAAAAUUUGUAGUGUAUUAUGUAUCAACAAUAUUAUAUAAUUUAGUUUAUAAUAUAAUAUUAUAAUGGAUAUCAAAUAACAAUAUAAUGUUUCAUAUUACACUGGUAUGAUUCUCCGUAGUAAAAUAUUGAUUCAAUAUAAUAAUUUACGAAUAAACUGUGCUAUUAAUAGAAUUAAUACACAUUGUUAUCUUUAGAGUAAUUUAUGAAUCCCAUAAUCUAUUAAUAUUAUCAAUGUUAUUGCUGUAUUUAAAAACAAAUGUUAGUCGCCUUAUUAUUCUAGUCGUAUUUACAUAUCCGUUAAAAAGGUUUUUUUUGUUUAUUUCGCCAACUGUGCGUUAAUACUUUUUCGUUAUUUGAUAAAGUAAAUUAUUUAAUAAAACGGAUACAUUUUUUAUUUGAAAAAGUGGUCAAAUCAAUAGACAUGAGGACAUAACAAAGUUAUCCUUCAACUUCAAACGUUGAGGAAAACUUCCGCAAAAAAAAAAGAAAGAAAUCCGAAUUUAUUGGUUGAAGGUAUGAUGAAAAUUAUUUAAAAUUUGGAUUUUCUGCUUUUAAUAUGGAAGAUCAUUACAAUUUGGUUCAACCAAAAUGUGUAGUCUGUGGGAAAUUGAUCAAAAAUGAAAGUUUGAAACCAUCUAAAUUAAAAAGGUAUUUAGAUACAAAACAUCCAAAUUUAAAAGAAAUAUCUAUAUAGUAUUUCGAAUCAUUAAAAUAUAAUUUUAAUUUUAAUAAAAAAAUCAUAAAAAAAUAUUCAUCAGUUUCCCAGUCGGCUUUAAAAGCAUCGAUUUUAGUCUCCUAUAAAAUUGCAAAAUGUUUGAAACCAUAUAUCAUUCAAGAAAAAACUUCCUAUAAUAAAAACUUGAGUAUAUUUUGGAAAUAUUGGUAAUUUCACCAACCUCAGUGAGUCUUUAGAGGAAGAUUCUUCUAUCAAGUUUGAAGACAUUUCUGAAUUAGUAAAUGAACAUUUGACAAACUUAGAAAAAUGAUUUAACCAAUAUUUUCCUGAGGAUAUUCGAAUAAAUUACGAGUGGAUUGAACAACUAUUUGCAAUAGAUAUAUUGACAGUAAAUAUGUCUACUGAAAUUGUAAAUCAAUUAAUUGAGUUAUCAUGUGAUAACAAAUUGAAACAAAUGUUUUGUGAAACUUCAUUAGAAAUAUUUUGCGCACACUUAUGUAGAAUUAGCAACUAAAGCUAUCUCAAUUUUAAUUAUUAAUUAACUAAUUAAAUAUUUCCAAUGACCUAUUUAUUCGAAAAGGCACUUUCUACUAUGGCAAAUUUGAAGAUGUCUAAAAGAAAUAGACUUGAAAUUGAAGGUGAUUUACGGAUAGCGCUUAGUCAAAUUGAGCCAAGGUGAAAUUUAUUAUGUGAAAACACUCAAGAACAAAGUUCACAUUAAAUUGUUUGUAUUAUAUUUUUAUUUUGUUUUAUUUUCGUAUGAAUUUGAUACAUUUUCAAUUAUUAAUAAUUAAAUAUUGUACCUAUUAAAAUGUAAUUUUUAUUUAUUCAGUUUUAAUAGUACUACUACAAAUUAUUAAGCAAUUUUAGCUUUUUACAAAUGUAAAGCAAAAAAAGUGGGCCCAAAAAGAUUGAGGACCACUGUUAUAUAAUAUUAUUUAGUGUUAAUAUAAAAACAAUUUUUUGAUAAUAAUCUUAUUAGUUUUAUUAUUUAUUUAUUUUUUUAGUAUGCAGAUCCUGUUGCUGACUUACUGGACCAGUGGGGUGUUUUUCGAGCUCGUUUAUUCCGUGAAUCAUGUGUUUUUUACAGAGGAAAUUAUGUGAAAGACUUAAAUAAAUUGGGACGUGCCUUACAUAAAGUUGUAAUUAUUGAUAACUCCCCUGCGUCAUACAUUUUCCAUCCAGAUAAUGCCGUGCGUUUAACAUCUAUAUCAUAUUAUAUCAUAAUGCAAUAUUUAAAAUAAUAUUAAUAUUUGUUUUCACAUUUUUGUAGGUUCCUGUUAAUUCUUGGUUUGAUGAUAUGACUGACAAAGAACUUUUACAUCUUAUUCCAUUUUUUGAAAAACUUAGCAAAAUGGAAAAUGUUUACCCAGUUAUUUGUAAUCUAAACCACAUGGCAAAUACAUCUACUAUACAUUCACAAUCCAUCACUAGUGACAAUGUGUUAUAGCAUCAAUUAAGUACAAUUAAUUUGUGCCAAUGGCAAUACUUCUAAUCUACCAUGUUAAACAAAAGUAAUAAUUAUGUAACAAUCUUUUAGUGUAUACAAGAAUAAUAUUCUGUAAUAUUUACCUAAUUUAGGUAUCUCUACCUGUUAAAUUUCUUUGGUUUUUUCUUUUUACAUAAUAAAAAAAUAGUAAUAAUUAUAACAAUAAUAAAAUGUAAGAGAUAUAUAAAUUAAAGUUUUUAUUAUAAUUUUUAAAUAGAAAUUUAUAAUUACAGUGAAUUUUUGAAUACAAUAUAUUAUUGUAGGUUAAACUUGAAUUAUUAAUUUCUAUGUGAAAUUUAUUAUUGUUAAAUGGACAACAAAACAAUUAUUAUUUGUGAUAUAUAUAUAUAUAUAUAUAUAUGUAUUAUUUAUACAUGCCUAUGCCAAAAGUCAAAUUUAAAAUCUAUAAUAUGUAUUGUAUUCCUAAAGUUUGUGUAUUAAUAUAAACCAUAUUUUUAUUCAAUUUUUCAUAUUUAUGUUUUGCCACUUUUAUAUAAUAUAUAUAUAUUGCCAUAUAUGGCUUUUUUAUAUGAACUAAAUAUAUUAAUAUAUAAUUGUUACAAAUGGAAUAAAAUAAUAUCAUAGGUUCAUGAAUUUGUAUAUUUUAUUAAAUAUUAAAAAGUAUAUUUUAUUUAACUAAAAUCAAACAUUCUCUUAAUUUUAAUUUUUGUAAUUAGAUAUUUACAAGUUGUCUCAGGAGGAUACAAUUUUUCUUUUUCUAUAUACAUAUGUAAAUUAAAAAUAUUAAUCCAUAUUUCAGAUACUUUAAGACCAAACUAGUACAAUAUUAAAGUAUUCAUUAAUAUCUAUAUAUUUACUUUGUAAAAUAUGUUAAUGAAAAAAACUAUAAUUAUUAUUAUUUAUUUAAAUAUAUAAUUUUUGAAAAAUAUUGUGAACUAAUGCAUUUAUAACACCUUAGAUAACCUGUAAUUUAUAACAAAUUGACAGUCUGAAAUAAUUAUUGUGUACUCUUGAGAUAAUCUAAAAACAAAACAAUUAAUUUUAGUACACAUUUUAUUAUAAUACCAAUUAAAAAAAAAAAAAAAAAUAUUUCAAACCAACAUUAACUAAACUAAAAAUUAUUUUUUACAAUUUCUAAUCAUACCUGUGUACACAGCGCAAAAAUAACACCAAUGUAUACAUUUAGUUAACAUGAGUUUUUUAAACAUGUUUGUUUUUAUUAUAGAUAUUUUCAUUUUUAAUUUAAUUUUAAAAUUAUAUUUAUUUUUAACCUUAUAUCAUCAUAAUAAAAUAUACUCAUUUAUACAAAACAAAAUUAAUAUUAACAUUAAAUUAAAAUAUACCAAUAUAUUUAUUUUUGUUAAUUUAGUAGUUAAAAGUCAAUUAAACAUUGAAAAUUUAUUAUUUGGGUUAUCACACAAACCUGUAGCUUGUUCUUGCUGAUGAAUAUAAUAUAGUUUGGUAUAUUUUAUGUAUUAUUAUUUCAGAUAUUUGAAUCUCUUAUUUAAUGUAAAAUAAUUAAUUUUUAAUUACUUCAUAUAAUUUGUAUUUCAUCAUGUUACAUAUUUGUUUGUUGAAUACUUGAAUAAAUGAAGUACCAGUGAAUACUUUUAUAACCUGUUUUUUUUUUAUGGUAAUUAAUAUUGUCAUUUCAUAGAAUAUAACUUCAAUUUUUUAAUUUUUUAAGAGUACUAUAUUUUUAAGGAUUGAAAAUUGAUAGCUAUGCACAAUAGGUAGUUUCAACAUUGUUACACAAUAAGUUUUUUUUUUACAUAUAAUUGACUGGUGAUAUCUGAUAAACUGUAAGAUUGGUUUAAAAAUAUGUUUUUUUUUUUUAAAAUAAUUGUAUUCAACUAUAUAUAAUUAAUUAAAUAAGAGUAAUAUAAAUAAGAAUAACAGUUAAAGAAAACUGGAAAAAUCCUUGAAUAAAUCAUCUUUUAGGCUAGAAAAUUAAAUGUCGAAAAUGUUACAAGAUUGACAUAAAUACACACACUAAUGACAAAUGUAGUGUGGCUUUUAUGGAUUUCUCAACAGGUUUAAAAUCCUGAGUUACAAUCCCAACAAAGUUAAAAUUCCAAUAGGCAAUAUCACACAGAAUUUCGCAGACAUGAUUAUCAGCAUCUUUUGAGAUUGUGUAAGUGAUCAUCUAAUUAUGUCCAUUAAAAAAUUAUAUUUGUUAUCAACUUGUAAAAAAAAAUUAAUACAAUAAAAUCAAAACAUUCAAUAACUCCUAACAUUAUAAUAGAGUGAAUAUUUUACAUAUAAAACAAAUAUUCCAAAGCAAGCCCCUUCAAUAUUGUAUGGUAUGUGCAAGGCUGGGCAAGUUAGUCAUUUUUUCAACUAGUUAAAGUUAAGUUAGUUUAAUAUAUAAUCUAGUUAUGUUAGAAUAUAAGUUGGUUUUUAAAUUUUCCAAAUUUCUAAUUAAAAAGUUAGUUAGGUGAAAAUAGUAACUUAAGUUAGAAAGUGGUUUUUUUCUUUAAAUUUUAAUUUAAAUUGAAAAACCAGCUCAAAUGUAAAGUAUUAUGUAAAUUAAUUAUUAAGUAGGUAACUAACUUAAAUUAUUGGUGAUGAUUGAAAAAUUAAAUUGAACUGAUCAAAUGUUUCAAGUAGGUAGGUAAUAACUUUAAUUUCCUGAAAAUGAUAAGAAAUAUACAAAACAGUGUUGUACUAUAUUUGUCUAUAUUGACAUAAUCAUAAUAAUAUUAUAUAGUAUAAUAUUACUUAUAUUGAUUAUAUUUUAUAGUUUUGUUAUAAAAAUAGACUACAAACAUAAUAUAAUAGUCUAUAGGCUAUAAGUGUAUAAUGAUUACUAUGUAUUAUCAAUUACCG